CCAAACUCAUAGCUCUCUAUUUAUCUCUCAACAAAAAAAGUUUUCCCCCUUUCCGCAAUUCUUGAGUUCUAUUCAUUGAUUUAAACAUUGAAGAGAUCAUUCAAAGGCUACCAAGAACAGCCCCAGGGGGAAACAAGAAGUCAAAUAAAAAAAUAAAACAGAAACAGUAAAAAAAAAGCGCAGGCACCCGAUGACUGAAAAAUGCUACUGAAAGUACCAAACAGAGCUUCCUCCUCUCCUUCCCCUCCUCUUCGUCCUCGCUUAAUGGCUUCCCUCUCGUCCCUCUUCCUCCCUUCUUCCCCAAACCCAAACCAUUACUCUAACCUUAACAUUAAUGUCAACCACAGACACCUUUCUCCUUUAAGAAAUCGAACCCUAACUUUCUGCACAUCCUCCUCCGCCCAUGAGCCCAACCUGCAGCAGCAGCCUCCACAACCGCCUCCUGAAAAGAAGUCAUUCGCGGUGGCUACAGGGGAGCUCUUCCUUGGUCUUGCCGCCCGAUUUAUCAAAUCGCGAAAUAGCCUCAAUGGCAAAACGGUAUUGAUGUUCGACGAUACAGAGAAUACUUCAAAGAGGGAAGGGAAUUUUGGGGAGAGGAAAGACCGGAUUGGGGCCGUUGUGGAGGACCCGGUUGAUCCUGAAGUCGUUUGGGAGCAGCGCGUGGAGGACGUCGAGGCUGAGAGGGACCGGAGGGUGGUGACGAGUCCCGGGUUUAGCUUCUCUGCUGCCGGGCUUCUUUUUCCCUAUCAUCUCGGGGCGGCUCAGUUUCUGAUCGAGAAGGGUUACAUCAAGGAAACCACACCAUUAGCUGGAGCCUCAGCCGGUGCUAUUGUUUGUGCAGUGAUUGCCUCUGGAGCUAGUAUGCAAGAGGCACUAGAAGCUACUAAAAUAUUGGCAGAAGAUUGUCGGCUCAAAGGGACUGCUUUUCGCCUUGGGGCUGUGCUCAAAGAUGUUCUUGUCAAAUUUCUGCCGGAUGAUGUUCAUAUUAGGUCUAAUGGGAGGGUCCGUGUUGCUGUAACCCAGAUUCUUUGGAAGCCUAGAGGUUUACUAGUGGAUCAGUUUGACUCCAAAGAAGAUCUAAUUGAUGCGGUCUUCACGUCUUCUUUUAUACCUGGGUAUCUUGCACCAAGACCAGCAACAACAUUUCGGAAUCGACUUUGCAUUGAUGGAGGUUUGACAUUGUUUAUGCCACCAACAUCUGCUGCGCAAACGGUUCGUGUUUGUGCUUUUCCCGCGAGUCGGUUGGGACUACAAGGAAUUGGUAUCAGUCCAGACUGCAACCCUGAGAAUAGGGCUACUCCCCGUGAGCUUUUAAAUUGGGCACUUGAGCCAGCAGAUGAUCAUGUUCUAGACAGGCUCUUUGAGCUUGGGUAUCUAGAUGCAGCUGUCUGGGCUGAAGAAAACCCAGUGGAAUUGUUAGUUAAAGAUGAAAGUGAUCAAACUGAAAAUGGCCUCUCAUAGUAGCUCAUCACGAAAAUGAUUGGUCCAGUUCGUUAUUUGAAUAUAUGCUGGGAUUAUGGACCGACGGUGCUGCACAUUUUGUAUAGCCCCAACUGAUUUACUGUGCAUUUCUUCUUAUAAUGCACUCUUGUACAGUAAAAUUAUGAAAUCACUGUAAAUGAAGCAAGGAAAGUGGAUAAAGAUGUAUUCCUAUGAAUGGAAGGAAAGGUGCAAAAAAGUAUCUAGGGAUGUAAUAAUUUUGAAAAAAAUAUUCAUGUAAAAAAUUUGUAUUAUUUCAUUUGACAUGGAAUAGGAUAAGACUAGACGUUUUCAGGGUGAAAUGUGACUAUUUGUUUCUUGUGUGACAUUUCAUGAAUGUAUAAACUUUUUUGGCAUUA